AUGGAAGCAACAAUAGUGAACGUAGCCACUCCGCCAAGCCGUCUGCUCUCUGUCCGUGUGUCGCCAGAGACGGAAUCUGCUGACAAUUCCACGGCGGAGGACCCCAUGAGCCCUACCGGAAGAGUCUUCGAGGAGAUGGGCGUCUAUAUCGUCGUCGUGAUGGGGCUUUGCACGCCGGUGAACCUGCCCGUCUUCCGCGCAGGCAUCGAAACAGAACUGGUUACCCGGUUCCCGCGCUUCCGCAGCAUUCAAGUGACGGAUGGGUCCAAGGAUGGAAAGCCGCGCUGGGUGCAAACGGUGGUAAAUGUGGACGACCACAUCAUCAUCCCGAGGCUAGAUCUUGCCGCCGUGGACUCUAACCCAGAAAAGGCCAUGGAGGAUUACGUGGCGUCUCUAUCCCUGCUCCCGAUGGACAGGCGCCGUCCUCUCUGGGAGUUCCACUUUCUUGACUUCCCGACUUCGGAGGCGGCCUCCACGACGGUGCUCCGCCUGCACCACUCCAUCGGCGACGGCAUGUCGAUCAUGACUCUCCUCAUGGCGUCGUCGCGCAGCACGGCCGACCCGGCGAGAAUGCCAGCCAUGCCGCCGCCAUCCAAACGCACCGGCGCCAUCUAUCAGCGGUGUCCACAGCCUCCGCGGCUUUUGUCAGGCGAUUAUCUUGCGUGGCUUUGGUCGUACUUUGUGCUAGCAUGGCACACGCUGGUGGACAUGGUGUUGCUUGCUGCGACCGUAUUGUUCUUGAGAGAUCCAAGCACGAUGUUCACGCUUGUGCCAAACCCAGAUGGCGGCCAGCCUCGCCGCUGCAAGCGCUUGGUGCACCAGAGCCUUAGGGUCGACGAUGUCAAGCUCAUCAAGACUGUCAUGAACUGCACUAUGAAUGACGUGCUAGUUGGUGUGACUUCAGCAGCUCUUUCACGGUACUACUUCAGGAAAUCCUGUGACAUCAACAAUAAGAGAAUCUGCUUGCGAUCAAUCCUCCCUGUCAACACAAGGCCAGUCUCCAGCCGACAAACAUAUGUUACCAAGGUAGAGACCGGGAAUCGAAUUAGCAACAUCAUCUGUCCAUUUUAUAUAGCCUUGCACAAUGAUCCCCUUGAGUAUGUUCGCACCGCAAAAAGGUCUAUGCAUAGGAAAAAGAGCUCUUUAGAGGUGAUGUUCACACAAAUGACUGUUGAUUUCUUGGUGAAAUACUUUGGUGCAAAGCAGGCAGGAGCUUUCAUCUUCCGCUGCUUUGUCACACGUACAACCGCAAUCUUAUCAAAUGUCGUAGGACCAGCUGAGCAUAUAACGUUAUUUGGGCACCCAAUUGCCUUCAUGGCAAUUAGCGUCUACGGUUUACCACAAGCUCUCACCAUGCACUACCUAAAUUAUGGCAGCACUAUCAAGGUCAUUCUAGCAGUUGACGACGAACAAUUUCCAGAUUGUCAUCAACUUUUAAAUGACUUUGCCGAGUCCAUCAAGCUUGUUAGGGAUGCGGCUAGCCUCAAGACAUUAACAACAUCGAUCCAGAAUGACUGA